AUGGCGGUGGAGGACGUGCUGGCUUUUGAAGGUCUGCUCUGUCCGUCGACGCAGGAACAUGAAGCUUAUGAACUAUGGAAUGUAUAUGCAGACCUGCUGUGUCAUCAGUCCAUAAUCCUGGCCAUAAACUCCAGCUUUGUGGAUCCCAUACUGCAGUAUGAAGUUCAGCUGAAGAUAACCGAAUCAUCCUUUCGAAUGCUAUUCGCUCUACCAAGUUUUGAAAAGUUGAAAGCAUUGGGGAUCAGAAGUGAGGACUUUGAGGACCAGGAGAGUUUAUACCAAAAUAGUUUACACAUAUUUGAGGACACUCUUCUGAUCUUAGUGUCUAAAGACCUCUACAAACUACAGCUCCUAAGGGAAAUGACUGUGUGGAUGCAUCAAGAGCGUUGGUACCUGCAGGAGGAAGCAAUGUCGGUCAUCAGCAGGGUGCUGGGAUUUGCAUCUAAGAAAGUCACGAGAGAUACGAGUGUGGACGUCCCGUGCUUGGGCGUCCUGGCUGCCGAGCUGGCCCUCUUGUGUAACCACACGGAUAACGCCAUCGUGUACCAAGCCGCCAUGGGUAUGUUCCACCUGCUCUGCAUGGCGAAGUGGCAGAACGAUCCAAAUAGCUCAAUUGAGCAUGAGAAAAGUGAAGAAAAUGGCAUCAAGAGUGUAGGAAAUACUUUACUGCCCUCCUUGCUGACCGACUUCGUGUGGGAACUCCUGAUUAAACUGUCUGAAGUCAAUUAUGAUACCGCGUCUGAGGCAGCCUCCAUACUGAAGCUGACUCUGGAGUAUCACGCCCAGAAAGUCACCAUGGUGUCUAAGAUUGUGGCCUUUAUUUAUAAGAAACUGUAUGAGAAUCCCUUCCACAAUAUGAAGCACGCCAUGUUGCGGGUCACUGCCUUGCUGACGCGUACCUCACCCAAGAAGGUCAUCUUUCAACUCAUGGACUACCCGGUGCCCGCCGAUGACACGCUGAUACUGAUGUGGCAGGCGGCGGGGUCUGAGCCCAGCGUGGCCCCUCUUGUGCUGAAGACAAUCCUGCUGAUACUGAAAGGAAAGCCCGGGGAGACGGAGGAAGACAUGGAGGAGAAAAGGCGCUUCUCACUGGAUGCCACCAACAUGAUGCCCGUGGCGGCCUCGCAGGCCCUGGGCACGUUCCUGCCGGUGGGCUCUUACAAGAAAGCCGUGGCCCAGUUCUUCCCGCAGCUCCUGUUGGCCCUCAUGCUGCAGCUCUUCUACAGCAGCCAGCUGCGAGUGAUGCCCCAGGACAGGCCCCUCUACGCCCGGGAUGCCCUGAGAGCGCUGCUGAAUUGUUCCGGACUGCAAGAGGUGGAUGCUGCUCUGAUGAAGAAGAACUGCUGGAACCAGUUUCCCCAAGCACUGUAUCAUCACCAUGGGGUUCACCUCAUAGCCAAAACUCUCAGCGAAUUUAACUUCCCACAGUUUCCAGAGACUUUACAUUAUUUCUACAAGAUCUCCGUGGAAGGUCCUAGAAGGUCUGAAGACAAUAUCGUCACGAUCAUAUUCUUCACUGAACUUCUGAAUAACUUCUUCAAGGACCCAUUCCCGGAAGAAUUUUUGGUCCUCUACAAACACUGGAUCCAAGAUUCCAAUCCUAUAGUUAGCAAGCUGAGCCUUCAGAAAGUUGCCAACAUGGCGCCCGUGGUCAAUGACAUAGACAACGUCCACAGCCUACUGAUGGCCAUCCUGGAAGCCUUCCUUUCCAAGGAAAAGACCGUUGUCAUCCGGGCCUUGCUCACCCUCCGGAAACUUCUAGGCAAACUGGACAGGGUGACCUACUCAUCACUGUGCACCAAAAUCGCUUCCAGUUACUGUCCUCUGAUGGAUCACAGCAACGGGGGCAUCCGCAGCAUGGCCAUUCGGCACUUCGGGGAGCUGCUGAGGGACAUGAAUCAGUACACCUGGAUGCUGAACCCUCUGGUCCUGAGCGUCUUGGUGCCCCUGAUCCUGUUUCUGGAGGAUAAGGAGAUAAGGGUAUCGAAAGCCUGUAAGUACACACUGCGAAUCUGUGCCUCACAGCUGAAGUGGACAACAUCCACUUUCCUCAAAGACGAAAACUACAAUUUUGAGCUGGUGGUGCUCAAUAUCUGUAACCAUCUCGUCGCUUCUCACGAGAGCUACAUUACAGAUUUAAUAUCUGAUACCUUAGGGUUCCUGGGGAGCUCCCGACCAUAUCUGAGGAGAGGAUCAGUUAUUUUAGUAGGGUACUUGGCAAAACUGGGUGCCUAUUUGCUACUCAGAGAUGAAAUUGAAGUCAUGAUUGAGGUGAUUGAAAAAACCAUCCGGGAUGAAGACCCAAUAACUCAGGAGUUAGCAGAAAUCACCUAUGGUAUUUUUAAGGAAAUAGCCCACAAGAUGACCUCCUCAACUAUUAAACAAAUCUUCCGAAGAUGGUUUAAGUUCUUCUACACCAAAAGACUGAAGCCUCUUUAUAACUGGCCCAAGCCCCAAGACUCUGCCCCUGCAGAGCUCACGAAGGGCAAUAAGGAAGGCCUCGUGGAAGAGGAGGAAGAGGAGAUUUUGACCAAGAGCUACAAGUCUGAGGAAGACUUGGAGCAGGACGUAGAGGACAAAUGA